AUGGUAGACCGUCUGGUUCACAGUGAAGUUAAUAGUCGAAGAGUUGUUAAUGUGGAGCAAUGUUUUGGAAAAGGAAGUAUGACUUUGAAUACUUACGGUCGGGUUUUAGUAGGAGAAGGAAUCCUCGUUAAAAUGUGCAGGAAAAAACCGAAACAGAGGCAAUUCUUUUUGUUCAAUGAUAUUCUAGUUUACGGCAACAUUGUUAUUUCAAAAAAACGGUAUAACAAGCAAAGGGUGAUUCCACUAGAUUCCGUUACGUUAGAAGAUCUCUUAGAUGAAGGAACUUUGAAAAAUGGAUGGGUCAUCAAAACACCAUCAAAAUCAUUUGCCGUAUAUGCUGCAACAGCUACAGAAAAGAAAGAAUGGAUGCUCCAUAUAAAAAGAUGCGUUGAUGUGAUAAAAUCGAAAGAAGAUUCAAAAGAAGUUCAACUAGCUCCUGUUUGGGUCCCAGACAAUGUCGCUACGAAGUGCAUGUGUUGUAAGCGAAAAGAAUUUAAUUUAGUUAGUCGUAGGCAUCAUUGUCGUGCUUGUGGUGACGUUGUUUGCGGAGGUUGCUCCACACAUUCCUUAAAAAUUGAUACAGUUAAUAAGAAUAACCCAGUUCGUGUUUGUGAUAAGUGCUUUGAUUCAAAAACCAGACCAAAAAAUACUAAUUCUGAUGGCAAGACAGCCAAGGAAAAUAAAGAAGAGGGAAGUGAUUCUUCCGAUGAUGAAGUCGAGUUGGACAAACCAAUAUCUAAGCCCACAUUCUACAACGGAUAA